AUGUUUGCUGAAGCUUUCAAUGAGCUUCAGGUCCCGUCUCACUUACUCGACUGGAGCAUCACACCCCUUGUGAGCUUCUCUGGUGAUGUUGUCCAGCCCAUUAGAAGCAUUUAUCUCCUUAUAUCUAUUGGAGCCGCACCCCAGCGGGCGACGGUCACCACCCCCUUCCUCAUUGUUGACUGUCUCACAGCUUACAACGUCAUCCUUGGGCGCUCCGCUUUAGCCCAAAUGAGGGUUUUUAUUUCCACACAUAUGCUACUGCUGAAGUUCCCUACGUCCAAUGGCACAUGCACGGUGCACGGCGACCAACUUGGAGCCCGAAGCUGCUAUGAUUCAGCAGUCAAAUCCACCAAACGCCAACAUCGGAGUGAGGCCCUCGCAGUAACCAAGCCUCCAGCCCUUCCUCAAGCUGGCACUGAACGACCUGAGGACCCCAGGGAGGAGUUUGUCACACAGCAGGCCGAACCUGUUGAGGACCUGGAGCUGGUUACUCUUCAUGACGACAACCCGGAUCGGCAGGUCCGAAUUGGCACCUCCCUCUCACAAGAGCUUCGCUCUGACCUCGUCGCCUUCCUCCGCCUCAACUCUGAAGUCUUCACAUGGUCCUACAAUGACAUGCCUGGCAUAUCACCAGACAUCAUAUCCCAUAGGCUCAACGUUAAUCCUGCCGUUCGACUCGUUCUACAGAAGCGUGGCGCUUAUGACCCCGAGCGCUAUGAGGCCAUGAGGGCGGCGGUAGAUAGAUUGAGUAGUAUCGGAUUCAUCAAGGAGGUUGACUAUCCCACAUGGUUGGCUAAUGUGGUGAUGCUGGUUGACGCCACAGCUGGCCAAGCCCUUCUUAGCUUUAUGGAUGCUUACUUAGGGUACGGCCAGAUCUUCAUGCACCUCGAUGACCAAGCCCACACCUCCUUCAUUACGGAUCGUAGCCUAUACUGCUAUAAGGUGAUGCCCCUCGGCCUCAAGAACGUCGGGGCUACUUAUAAAUGUCUGGUGAACAGCCAUUUCACCUCACUGAUUGGCAACACCAUGGAGGUAUACGUUGAUGACAUGCUAGUCAAGAGUUGCACUGCUGACCAGCAUAUCCCUAACCUCUCUGCCAUGUUCACCAUCUUGAAGCAGUAUAGAACGAGGCUUAACCCCACAAAAUGUGCAUUCGGGGUGGCUUCGGGCAAAUUCCUUGGCUUUAUGAUCAGCCAGAGGGGUAUUGAAGCCAAUCCAGAGAAGAUCCAGGCCAUCUUAGACAAGACGGUACCUAAGACGGUCAAGGACAUUCAAAGCCUUACAGGGCGUGUCGCAGCCCUGACCAAAUUUAUCUCUAAGGCCACCGACCGCUGCGCCCCAUUCUUCAAGGCACUUAAGGGUAGCAAGCGAAGCAUUACCUGGACCGCCAAGUGUAACACGGCUUUCAGCGACAUUCUCAUGAUUUAUCUCUCCAUCUUGGUUACAACAGUUAGCUCUGUGUUCAUCCGACUAAGGGAUAGCGCGGAGCACUCAGUGCAUUAUGUUAGCAAAGCAUUGCAGGACGCCGAGGUGUUGCAGAAACCUGAAACUUCUGGGAGGUUGGUUAAGUGGGCCAUUGAACUUGGUGAGUUUGAUAUCCACUACAAACCCCGCCCAGCUACGAAAGGCCAAGCCAUCGCUGACUUCAUAUCAAAAUUCACGGAACCCCAAGCCUCAGCUGCUACCCAGGUUAUAAUCGAACCCAAUCUCCCUUCGAGCCAGGACCACGCCGCCAGCAAAGGCACUCUAAACCUGACCCAGCCCAUGUGGACCUUAUAUGUGGAUGACUCCUCCAAUGCCCAAGGAUAUGGGGCCGACCUCGUUCUCAUCUCCCCAGACAAGGUUGUCCUUGAGUACGCCCUCCACUUUAAAUUCCACACCUCCAACAAUGAGGCCGAAUACGAAGCACUCUUAGCUGGCCUUCGGCUAGCCAAAGAAAUGGGCGCUAGGGAAAUUCAGAUAUUCAGUGACUCACAGCUCGUCGUCCACCAAGUCAAUCAGGACUUUAUGGCCAAAGACGCCUCUAUGACAGCUUACCUCCAGCAUACCCAACACUUGCUUGCAACAUUCGACGCUUAUCUUAUAAGCCAGGUGCCACGCUCUGAGAACAGCCAUGCUGAUGCAUUGGCCAGGUUAGCCUCAGCCUUGCCAUAUCCACAUAUAGUUCUUGGACCAGCCCAGCACACAAGCCCUACUCGUCUGUACCGUUGA